AUGGCGGACGACUUUGAUCCAUGUGAAUGUAUUUACAAUCAUGAGUCGAAUAUGCAGCGGUUGUUGAAUAUGCUUCGGCAAUCACAGUCCUACUGCAAUGACGUUAUGUGCCAAAAUGACCCCUCAAAUCCAUUGUCAGAUCAAAGUGGCAGCUCUUUCACUACUCCUGUUCUCGUUAUGUGCGCUUGGGCUGUUGCUAUGGCCGGUGUCUACGCUUACCGCACUUUUCGUAAUUCUCAAGGGUUGGGAAAACCUGAUCGAUUUGAGGACGACGACAACGAGCCGCCCAGUACCUACUAG